AUGGGACAAUGUGUAUGUUCUGAAUAAAUAACAAUUCUAAGUGAAGCACCUCCACUGACAUUUACAAGCAAAAUUGAAACCAUUAGAGAUAUAGUAGCUCUUCCAGAUGAACCUUUGAUAUAAGGAGAUUUAGAGAAGAAUUUAUCAUAAACAAAAACUAGAUAAAUGGAAGAUUCUUUGAUUUUAGAAAUUCAUCGACCAGAUAUAAAGGAAGCACGAUUGACAUCUUAAUUGUUCUAGACAUCCUCAUUGAAAGUCAAAGUACUAUGUGUAUUUUAUGAAGGAUUUAUAAGAUAGAUUGGACCCAUAUGAAGUAGAAGAAUCAGAAACUUAUUUUUAUGGAGUGUAUGAAUUAAAUAAUGGGAGUUUAUAUUAAGGAGGAUGGUUAGAAGGCAAAAAAUAAGGGAAAGGUAAAAUACAGUUAUUUAAUAAAAAGGAGUUUAAAUCAUGAAAAAUGGAUCAAUUUAUGAAGGUUAAUUUUCUAGAGGAAUGGCUAAUGGAAAGGGAAGAAUAAUAUAUGCUGAUGGAGAUUAUUAUAUAGGAGAAUGGUCUGAUGAUCAACAUCAUGGAUAUGGUGAGUAUUAUCAUAGUGAUGGUGCCAUGUACAAAGGUGAUUGGUUUGAAAAUUUAUAAAAUGGAUAGGGUUUUGAAUUGUUCUCUGAUUAAUCUAGAUAUACAGGUUAAUUUAAAUUAGGUAAGCGUGAAGGAUUUGGUGUUUUAAAUUUCCUGAUAGUUCUGUUUAUGAAGGUUUGUUUAAAAAUAAUUAAUUUAAUGGAUAAGGGUAUUUUGUAACUUUAUAUAUUAUAGUACAUAUAUUUGGUAUGAUGGCAGAAAAUAUGUAGGUGAAUGGUUAAACGAUUAAAUGGAUGGAAAGGGUAAGAUGACGUGGGCUGAUGGUACCAUUUAUGAAGGAGAAUAUAAGAAUGAUAAAAAAAAUGGAUUUGGAACAUUAACAUGGCGUAAUCGUAUUAGAAAUUUAGUUAGCUGAUUCUCGAUAAUAUUCUGGAUAAUGGGAAUUGGGCAAAUAACAUGGUAUCGGAGAGUAUACUAAUAGUUAAUAAGGAAAGAGGAAGGGAUAAUGGAUAAAUGGUAAAAGAAUGUAAUGGUGUGAUUGA